CUCUUCUUUGAUUGUAAGCACAGACGUAGAGUGGUUCGAGAACGGGACGAGGGAAGACUGCUUAAGGAAGAGGGGACAUGAUAACAAAUAUUAAUGAAUCAAUUAUGACAUUGAUAAUAACGACGAGCUUGCCAGGGCUUGGCACUAAAGUAUCGUUACGCACAAUACAGGAUUUGUUUUUGGUGUGCGUUUCUCUUUUAGAAAAAGUAGACUCCUAAGCAGGUUUGUACAACUAUUCCUGUUGCGAACUAGGUGGAUAUCAAGUUCUUAUUGAAAAUACAUACGUGUACAAUUAAGACAUUGUAUGUCACCAUCGCGUAAGACAGCAAAUAUGGAUACAGUUGCGCAAACGGGUGCGGGAUUUAUUGACAGAACGCAUAGAAGUUUUGGCCAGACACCGUUAUUCGUGCUCAUGGUUUAGGGCGAGUUGGUAAGCUUUGAAACUUGUCGUAAAGCACGGGGUUCUCAGGACUAAAUGCGCCUUUCCUGCUAUUCUUCUCCUCUUCUCAGCGCUUCCUGCUUAUGGUGGCCACAGCACUUCAUGGCUAAAAAUGCAGAACUCAAAAUGGACAACUAAACGGAGUUGAACUCUUCCGUUGGGUUAUUAUUGUCCAUGUUCUGGAUAUUCUACAACCACCUGAUGCUCAUUUUGGUAUGAUGUGAUCCAUCCUGUGUUCUACACGGUCGUGGUUUUGCUAUAUUUGAAUAAGUCAUCCUUUAUUUCAUAUCUCAAGAAACAGCACCUAAUCAUUGGUCAUUAUGUGACAAUUUGUGGUAUAGUUAUAGAGUAAUUAAGUGAGCUAUGUGCUCAAACCACGCAUUGAGAAACCACACCACAACAGUCGAGUAGAAAUUUGCUUUAUGGAGACAAUUCUGCCUUUUUACACAUUGGCACACUUGGUAGGACUGUUCACAUCCAUGGCCUUUGUUUGAUUGUUGCCAGCUCUAAUGGAAACAUAUGCAGUCCAUGUCAGGUUGCAUGAGAGACAUUUUUUAUCCUGUUGUCUUUGAACACGGUUGUGUUCCUGUUGGCCAGGCCUUUGAACAAAUUUCAUUGGUCCCCGAUGAGCCAACUAGACACAGACGAACAGGAGAGAGGCGCAAUAAAGUACAUUAUUGUACUUUAUUUUCAAAACCCCACAGAAUCAAACCCAGUGUCUGAACAUCUGUUCAUUGCGGCUCCAUGGAGCCGCUGAAGAACAUUUUUACCCGCGGCCCGCUGUCGAACUGGAAAGGUCUGGAUCAAUCACAAAAAGGGAACUUCACCAAUCCCGUGUGGACGGCUUUAUUCGACUAUGAGGCCUCCGGUAAAGACGAGCUCACCCUCCACAAAGGUGACCUGGUGGAAGUUCUGUCACUGGACUCUGAGAUAUCUGGUGACGAGGGCUGGUGGGCGGGCAAGGUCAACAAUAAAGUGGGAAUCUUUCCCUCGAACUACGUCUCCUUCAAGCCUCCUUCAUAUGGGAAACUGCAGGGCAAUGGAGUUGGCGUGGUUGGGGAGCUUGGGCCAGCCGUAGUGGGGGUGGGGGAGUUUGAACCCGAGGCCGUGGAUUUCAGGGAACUGAGCCUCGAGGAGGUCAUUGGGGUCGGCGGCUUCGGCAAGGUGUAUCGCGGUACGUGGAGAGGUGGGCUGGAGGUCGCCGUGAAGGCGGCCCGCCAGGACCCAGACGAGGACAUCAGCGUGACGGCCCAGAACGUGCGCCAGGAGGCCCGGCUGUUUGCCAUGCUCACUCACCCCAACAUCAUCGCCCUCAAAGGGGUUUGCUUACAGGAACCCAACUUGUGCCUCAUCAUGGAGUAUGCGUCCGGUGGCCCGCUGAGCCGUGCGCUGGCUGGGUGCCGCAUCCCGCCGCAUGUCUUGGUCAACUGGGCAGUACAGAUUGCUAGAGGGAUGCUCUACCUGCACACAGAGGCCAUCGUUCCUGUCAUCCAUCGUGACCUCAAGUCUAACAACAUCCUCCUGGCACAGCCUAUGGAGAAUGAUUGUAUGGAAGGGAUAACUCUGAAGAUCACAGACUUUGGCUUGGCACGGGAGUGGCACAAGACCACCAAGAUGAGCACAGCGGGCACCUACGCCUGGAUGGCACCGGAGGUCAUCAAGUCCUCCACCUUUUCCAAGGGCAGUGACGUCUGGAGCUACGGUGUUGUAUUGUGGGAGUUGCUGACAGGGGAGGUUCCCUACAGAGGGAUAGAUGGUCUGGCAGUGGCCUACGGAGUGGCCGUUAACAAACUCACCCUCCCCAUCCCCUCCACCUGCCCAGAACCCUUCGCCCAGCUCUUGGCCGAGUGCUGGGAUCAGGACCCACACCUCAGGCCCAACUUUGCCUCCAUCUUGGUUCAGCUAACUGCUCUUGAGAGGCAGGUGGUGGAGGAGAUGCCGCAGGACUCCUUUCAUUCCCUACAGGAGGACUGGAAACUGGAGAUCCAGGACAUGUUUGAUGAGCUCAGAGCCAAGGAGAAGGAGCUGCGUUGUCGCGAGGAGGAGCUGAAGCGCGCGGCGGUGGAGCAGAAGUCUCACGAGGAGUUCCUGAGGCAGAGGGAGCAGCAGCUGGCCCAGUGGGAACAGGAUGUGUUUGAGAGGGAGCUCAGUCUCCUCAUCCUGCACAUGAACAACCAGGAGAAGCCCAACGUCAAGAAGAGGAAGGGAACCUUCAAGAAGCACAAGUUGAAGGGCAGUAAGAACGGAGAGAAGAUCAGCAUGCCUCAAGACUUUAUCCAUAAGAUCACUGUCCAGGCGUCUCCGGGGCUGGAGAAGAGACGCAACUCUCCUGAUCUGGGCACCGGCACCUCUCCCUCAUUCGGCCCACGCUUCCGAGCAAUCCAACUCAGCCCUAGUGAGAACAGCAGGGCGUUCGGUCUGAGCUCCAUGUGGCCCCUAGAGGUCCCUCCACACAACAAGCAGGCCAACGGGGACCGGCUGGGGCCCCACUGGAGGCCCCAGAGCCCUAAGAGCCCCAAAGUCUUGCGCCUCAGCCCACAGGAGAGCAGUCUUUCAAUGAGAGCCAAGCUUCUGGACAUGGACAGCAAUGAGAACGGAGAAUCCAAGGAUGACUUUGAGGAGUACAGACCAACCACGCCUGUCCAAAACGGCUCCUCGGUGAAGGAGCCCCCAAGGCCUACUCUACCUCAGGGGGACUCGGGUAUCGAGGAGGGGCUGGAGGGGGGCUCCCCGGCCAGCUCCCCCAGGCCUGAGCACCGCUCCCUGGGAGGCUUGCUGAGGAGCACUCACCGGGCCCUACUGGGUGGCGGAUCCCUCCUAGCCUCUGUGGCCCUGGGACGACACCUGGACGUGCCUCACAUUCCCCCCAGGGUUCCCCCCCGGACUAAUCCCCCGCCCCUGGACCACCACCACCUUCUGCAGGAGGUCCCAAUCACGGCCCUCAAAAUCCCCUCCUCCUCGGACCCCCCGGUGGUGGAUGACCUUGUAACCUUCUCCAACUUGGAGCACCUCCCCCGGCCCCUCUUUGACUUCCCCUGCGCCCUGCACGCCCCCGGGGUGAAGCCUCUGCCCCUCACGCCACCUCCGCCUCACCCCCGGGAGAGGGCCUGCCACAGGCACGCCCAGACCCCUCAGAGCCCCCGGAGACCCCAUUACCAGGUCCAGAGGCAGGCUAGCCCAGCAGAGUGGGCGCCGUCCCACCACCACACCAACGGGGAGGCAGGCUGUGACGCCUGGGGCCAGGGGUCAGACAGGAGGAGGAGGUCCAGCCAAGGCCUUCUCUCUGCCUCUCAACUAGGCCUGGACCUCCCCAUGUGCCAGGACAGUCUGGAGUCAGAAGACAAUCCCUUGGCGGUCCCCUUCUCCCUUUUCCCUGACCCUCGCCUCUGGAGCCCCAAAACACGUCGCCUGGAGGUCAACGUCAUCCCCCGCCCGCGCCCCUCCCCCAUUCGACCCCGCAUCGAUCCCUGGAGCUUCAUCUCUGCUGGGGGCAGUGGCGGAGCGUUCGGUGGUGCCCGCAGCCCUCGACGGUCAGAUAGCCACCCAUUGGGGUACCAGCCCUCACCCACCAACCCCUUCACGAACUGUGACCCCUUCCCCUCCCCAGACUGCGACCCAUUCUCCCUGAGAGCCGACCCAUUGUCAGGCAUUACGCCCUCACCCUUUGACCCCUUCUCGCCACCGUUCCCCACCUCUCGCUCGGCGCCCUGCUCCACCAACGGGUCCCCAACCCUGCCCACGUUCCGGGUGGCGCCUCUGAACCCGGCCGACUCGCCGCUUAUCGACCUGGGCUGGGCGGCGGUGUGCGGGGUCAAGCCCCUGGAGGUCACCAAAGAGAAGACGCGACCCGGGAGGACUCUGGGACUCAAGCCCUUCAAGUCCCCCACGCAACCCAGAGACGAUCGCUUCUAAACUAAACCUCCAACCCUGACCUUGCCUUUCUCAUAACACAGAGUUUAUACAAGUGUUUUUUGAAGGAAUGCGGCCCCAGCCCCCUAAAUGGACAGGUACAGGUUGUGUAUAUCCUGUCUUAGGAAUGAGGAGGAUUUCGAGUCCUAUUCAAAACAAAAAAUGCACAUGACACUCAUGCCCCCCUUUAGGGGAAUUGUGGGAAAUGGGGUGCCCAAACAGUGGAGUGGUUUCGUGUUGCCUUAGAAACCAACAAGGAAGCUAAGCCUGCCUGCCAUCUAGCUCAGUGACACUGGUGUGGUAGUUGAUUUCUGUGCACAACAAACCAAUGUCUGAUGCCCAUUUUAUUCCAGAGGAUUUCUCUCACAUAUAUUUUGGAGAGUCCGAUUGGUGGGCUUCUCCAGACUCAAUCAGACGUCCCUCUAUCGCUUCCACUCGUCUCUCUUACUACUUUUUGAAGUGUGUGGACAAUACGAAGCUGAAAACAGCAGCUUGCUUUAUCUGUAGCUCUGAAAGCAUUCAGGGCCUUGGACAUUUAGAGUGCAAUUUGCUUUAUGAAGCAUUUUAAAAGGUUUCUGGUCUUGAGUGGUGAACCUACUUCAGAAUCUAUUUUCUAUGAUUUGGCUGAAAUGUGCAAAGGACUAGGAGCUAAGUGAAGCUAGGUGCAAGAUAUGACGAUGAUUCUUGUCUUACCCUCGACAAACAAAAAAAAGUCUCAAGCGUGUUUGUCUCUCUCUUUGCAAUAAACAACGUGUGAUGGGUUAAUGUGAGAAAAUUCUCCAAUUAUGGCUACAGUGGUGUCAUAUCAUCCAAUUGAAAUUCCUUAGAAAUUCUCUGCAUAUUAAAGCCAAACAAAACCAGGACCCAGGCAUUCCACUAGGAAAAAGAUAGCAUUCCAAUAACAUUCUGAACACAUUCCCAAAAUGUGACUGAUUUAUUUGGCAGGUCAGCAGGCGACAAAGCCUGGGGGAGACUAGAGGCGCCUCACAGCACAUUCCGUUCAUGUGGCAAAGAAUGUGACUGCUUCAGCCCACAGUGUUAUACACGUUUGCCCCUACAGUAUGGCAGAGUGGUAGGGCGCAUAACUAUAGCUCCUCCCCAGUAUUGUCCCCAGUAUGUCCAGUAUUAUCUACCAGAAUUGGUUCUGUCCAGUCCAACAUGGGAAUACUGUUAAAUCUUGAUUGGAUGAAAUCCUGGAAGUAGCAAUUUAAAGAGGAUCACUGACUAUUACACUCAUUUCUUAGUGACUGAUUGGCAUGUUAGAAGGGAAGCUACAGUAUAAUAGCCUGCAAAGAAAUUUGGUUAAGAUAUCCUCUCACAAAAAAUACGUGCCAUUAGAAUCCAAUGGCUGUUUCGUUAUAGGGGAAGCGAGUUUACCCAAGUGGCAAGCUUUGUAAUUAGUCUUAAUGACUGUGCUGACGAACUGAGUGGUAAUAUUAAUUAGGAUUGUGAUGGACAGGGUUAAUUUAUUAACAUGGAGAUAUUUGCCUAAUUGAUGCAUUUCCCCCAACAUAAAGUUUAGACUAAAUGAGUCAGGAUCUUUAAAGGGGAUUUAAGCAGUGCUGUUCGUUUUAUCGCAUCCACGGCAGGAGGCCCCUUUAAUGCGAUUCCAGAUGAUACAGAAGCCUGCCCCCUUCAAUUUCCUGACCAAUGCACAUGACCAGAUCCCCUGGUCAGGUUGUGUGACCAGGGGAUCAGAGUUCUUUGUUCCUGGUCAGGUCGCGUGACCAGGGGAUCAGAGUUCUUCCUUCCUGGUCAAGUCGUGUGACCAGGGGCCCAGAGUUCUUCCUUCCUGGUCAAGUCGUGUGACCAGGGGCCCAGAGUUCUUCCUUCCUGGUCAGGUCAGAUGGUCAGCAGAGACUCCUAGCCUUACCCACCACUUAUAUCCCACUUCUUCUCAGGUCAGGCAAACUGCUCCUCUCUUGAUCCAAAGAGAUUGGGUCUGUUUUCGCUUCACGCCAUUGACUACUGACUGGACUGCAUAUCAACCUAUAAGGUGCCUCCCCUCUCUACCUCUCCCCCUAUGUGAUGUGGACAUAACUACUUAGAGACAUAUCAUCUUUGAUCUUUGUCAUCGUUCUUAUUGAGAUUUGUUUGAGAGGCAGGUGUGGCCUGAGACUACAGUAUAUGUCAACCCCAAAUCGGUCUGUCAUCAUUAUCCGAUAAAGAACAGAAAGUGAGCAUUCACUCCAGUCGAAGAUACAAUGGAAUUUAAAUUGUGGUUCAGUGGAAAUAAACAGCUAGCGGCAUCAAUGUCUGAGUCGAUAAGGGCAGUCCAGUGCAACUCUGAGUAGGACUGGUCGAGUCAUCACCAAAGGCCAAGGAUGUUUAGGAUUAUAGUUUAAAGUUAUUUUAUUCCCAAUCAUAGUAUUACAUAUUGGUAUUUCAAAAGGGUCCUCUCUAGGUUUAGUUUGUAGAUUUGUAAACCAGCCAUGCAGUGCCCUGUGACACUGAAUGCUUAAAUACCCCCUUAUUGUACUGACGUGAGUUCCAACCGAACACCCCACGUUGUGUGUGUGAAUGCCUGCCAAAAAACGAGUGUACAUAUAUGGAAUAGGGUGCCAUUGAAUAUAGAGCAGCUCCUCCGCUCUGGGCCCCUGUCUUUUCCCUCUCCCAUCACAGCGUCAUCUAAAGCUGUGGCAGGUGUUAUUGCCUACUAUACUAGUCCAUACAUGACCCCUGCACUUUAGCCUCAACAUACAAGUCAACAGACAACCCCUGUAAUUCCCAUAGGGAUGAAACUAAGACUGAUGGUCGAAAUUGUCGCAAGAGCAUCGGUAUUGCUGCCUGUCCGUCUCUCUCGUCAUGUGUCAGUCAGUUUGUCUAGGUCCAAGCCCUCAUGUCUGUCUCAGUUCUUCAAGGUCUUAUCUGUGAUUUCCUUUAGACCACACGCUGGCAGUCAGAUGCGUCCAACCCUUUAAAAGCUAUAGUGUAGUGCACAGAUGACCCCAAAGAGAGUUUAUUCAACUUAUGCCUCUCUGCAUUUUUGUGAAGUUGUAUGUUUGCUUUAGUAAGGGCACAGUCACUAUCCACCUAUGUGAUGAUCUUGUGUAGAUGAUCAGUUUGACUAUGUUUUAGGUCAAGUCAGUGAUCAGUGUGUUUUGAUCUUGGCAAGCCAUCAGACAAACAGAUACAGUGGAAUCUCCCCUUUAUGUUGGGUGUCAUACUACACUGGUAGUGAGAUUGAACAUUUGCAAUUUUCUUUGAGUAACUAGCUGUAUUUGUAUUCAUUAUGUAUUCAGUUGUAUCCCCAUUAGCUGCUGCCUUAGCUGGACUCUUUCUGGGGUCCAGCCAAAUUAAGGCAGUUAUCCCAUUUUUUAAAACAAUACAAUACAUUCACAACAGAUUUCACAACACAUUGUGUGUCCUCAGGCCCGUUCUCCACUGCCACUUACCUACAAUACAAAAUCCAUGUGUACGUGUGUGUGUAUAGUGCAUAUGUUAUCGUGUGUGUGUGCCUGUGUUUGUGUCUCUUCACAGUCCCCGUUGUUCCAUACGGUGCAAAGGUCAUUAGACGAUGACCUUUCGGUUGUACACAAUUCAAAUUCACUCAUGAUGUCUGGAUAGAAUCAAAAGUCUACCUUAUCUCCCUGGCCUUAACCCAAUUGAAAGAAAAAAAACCUCCGCCCUGGGUUUUUGAUGUCUGUUUCUCUCUCUGAUUAUAUCCAUGGUCUUCUAACCUGGUCAUGGCGAUGACAGGUUUUUGGACAGGAAACUAGAUUCCUUGAACGCUCCUAGACCGCUGUCGGGUCGCGCCGCUGGUCCCUUGAUUGAUGCGGAUGACAGGCGGCGCUCCAAUAAGAAACUCCUGACGAGUUGUUUGUGACGCGCCGCCCUUUCAGGCAUUGCCUCAUCCGUCAUCGCCAAUCGGCGCCCCCCCAUCUGUGCUGACAGGCCUGAAUGAAACAGAACUUUGCAGAGGAGAAGAGGAAAGUAUGCCAAUAGACCAUGUUAGGUCUCUAGGACAAAUACUGGCCUCAUUCAUGCAUACUUUGUCCAUUUGUGUGAAGCUUUGAGGUGUAUCAGUUAGUAACAUAACCAAAUGAUUGAAACUCUUUAUUUUCACUUAACAAAUCGCAACAGGUCUAUUACGGUAAUUGCUUCCUGCCUCAGCCAAGGCAUGCUCUCCCUCUCCUUCAUCGUUAGUGGAGAUUUAGGGCCGGACCCGGCUCAUUUACCCAGCAUCCUCGCUACUUACCUGGACUGAAUGAAUUAGACGUUCAUUCAAAUAAACCCGAUUUAUGGACUCUAUUUCCACCCUCUCGUACCCGUCUAUUAUUACCAGAGGGGGAUUAUGUCUCUUUGAACACCUGCCAUGUACUUUUGUUCUGCAUGACGUUGUCAAACAAAAUUAUUAAAGAUGACCUUUACCAACCGUGGGGGAAAAUAGUCUCUAAGGAGCCAACAAUGUCUCUGUGUGAGGCUAAGCCAAUGCCAGGUGUAGUCUAGUUCUGAAGCUAGCUCUUAAGCGUAUUUUUCAUCCGUUUUAGUCUGAAUGCUCGUCAAGGUCACAAUCUGUUGUCCUCUCGUUCAAAUGAUAACAGUUAAGAGGCCUAAAUCAAAUAAAUUAGGAAUAUUUGUUUCCAAGACAACCACGCUAGACAACCACACUUGGGCUCCCGAGUGGCUCAGCGGUCUAAGGCACUGCAUCUCAGUGCAAGAGGUAUCACUACAGUCCCUGGAUUGAAUCCAGGCUGCAUCACAUCCGGCCCAUAAGGCAGGGAACAAAUUGGCCCAGCGUCGUCCGGGUGUGGCCAGGGUAGGCUGUCAUUGUAAAUAAGAAUUUGUUCUUAACUGGCUUGCCUAGUUAAAUAAAGGUUGAGAAAAAAAAUAAUUAUAUAUAUAUAUAUAUAUAUAUAUACACACACACACACACAGGGAUGAUUAAAAAUAUAGUACACUUUAGAGGGAGCGAUUGGCUGUAGACGUAACAAUUACACGCGCAUGUGCUUUUGACAUCUUUGUUAAUUGCUCAGACAGGUAACGGCUUUCUUUCUUCCACUCGGUCAAUAGUCAAACAGAACAAUAAUAAGAGCAGUUUGGCUACGGAGGAGACGCAUCUAGACCUUGGAACUAAAUAACCACAGAUUGGUCCAUGCGUCGUUUUCCACACUUUAUGAACUGAACGGAAUUCUGGGUAGCCGCUUGAUUUUUUUUAUUUAACUAGGCAAGUCCUUACACAAAAGCAUAUGUAACACAAAAAUUGAAUAAAUAUAUUUUGGAUAUAUCUCUGAUGGAGCUGUCAACAUUUUAAGAUGUUGACGGAGAGGGUUACCCUGUCAACCUGAAUUAGACUGAAUCUGAUAAAUUAUCUGAUUUCUCUCUAUUCCUUGUCCUUUUGGUUUAUUUGAGUAAACGGUUCAUAUGCAAGAUAUGCGGGGGGUAUUUGUUGGUGUAGGUCAUCUCACUAAAGUCCUGCUUAAAUUUACUAAUUUAAUCAAAAUGGUCAAACAAUAAGUAACCUAUAAAAGAUGUUUUGGAUGGUGCAAUUCCCUGGGAUAUGUUCGGACUCACACUCAGAUAAUCACAGUAGUGUACACAGUGCAUAUGGAAGUUAUUCAGUCAAUUUGUUACGUUACAACCUUAUUCUAAAAUGGAUUAAAUUGUUCCCCCGCAAUCUACACACAAUACCCCAUAAUGACAAAGCAAAAACAGUCAUUUAGAAAUGUUUGCUCAUUUAUUACCAAUAAAAAACAGGAAUACCUUAUUUACAUAAGUAUUCAGACCCUUCGCUAUGAGACUCGAAAUUGAGCUCAGGUGCAUCCUGUUUCCAUUGAUCAUUCUUGAUGUUUCUACAACUUGAUUGGAGUCCACCUGUGUUAAAUACAAUUGGACAUGAUUUGAAGAGUCCUUUAGGUGCCUUUUGGCAAAUUCUAAGCGGGCAAUCAUGUGCCUUUUCCUAAGGAGUGGCUUCCGUCUGGCCACUCUACCAUAAAAGCUUGAUUUGGUGGAGUGCUGCAGAGAUGAUUGUCCUUCUGGAAGAUUCUCCACAGAGGAACUCUGGAGCUCUGUCAGAGUGACCAUCGGGGUCUUGGUCACCUCCCUGACCAAGGCCCUUCGCCCCCGAUUGCUCAGUUUGGCCGGGCGCCCAGCUCUAGGAAGAGUCUUGGUGGUUCCAAACUUCUUCCAUUUAAGAAUGAUGGAGGCCACUGUGUUCUUUUCGGGAUCUUCAAUGCUGCAGGAAUGUUUUUGUACCCUUCCCCAGAUCUGUGCCUCGACACAAUCCUGUCUCGGAGCUCUACAGACAAUUCCUUCGACCUCAUGGCUUGGUUUUUGCUCUGACAUGCACUGUCAACUGUGGAACCUUAUAUAGACAGGCGUGUGCCUUUCCAAUCAUGUCAAUCAAUUGAAUUUACUACACGUGGACUCCAAUCACGUUGUAGGAACAUCUCAAGGAUGAUCAUUGGAAACGGGAUGCAUCUGAGAAUAUCGAGUCUCACAGCAAAGGGUCUGGAUAGUUAUGUAAAUAGUUUUUAUAUACUUUUUCAACAAUUUGGAAAACGUGUUUUCGCUCUGUCAUUAUGGAGUAUUAUGUGUAGAUUGAGGGGAAACAUGUAUUUAAUCCAUUUUAGAAGAAGGCUGUAACGUAACAAAAUAGGGAAGGGGUCUGAAUCCUUUCCAAAUGCACUGUAGUACUCCUUACUGUGACCGGCUCCCAUCCGCUUGCUAUGGAGUUUUAUAUAGGGUGACAAGUGAUAGGAUAUUAUAUUUAUAAUGGCCCUUCUUUUUAAAACACUGGACUUAAAACAUUUUGAAGAGGGCCAGAGACAGUCUACAUUAGGAUGCUUGAUUGCUUCAUAUUUUUGGAUGACAUCGUUUUUUACAUUAGGUUUUCACUGGAGUAUUUAAGAUGAAACAGGAUGGGUGCUUCACUGGGGAAAACUCUUACGUUCCUGCUUCCAAGUUGAACUAAAAUGGUUUUGUAAAAUCUCUCUAGGCAUAAAUAUUGUCCGAGAGAUAUCCUUCUGACUUGUACAUUGAACAAGAUCCCAACCGGAGAUCCAUUCGAGGCACCCAUACUGAUAGACUGCUAUCUACCUAGUAAAGAUGAGGUCUUCAGUUUGACUGAAAACAGUGGACAUUUUGUGGACAUUUUGUGACCUCCUCCCUGUCUUUGUAGAAUAUAUAUUUGCUUUGUGUUUGUUAAACAUUCCUUUCUGAAAACAUUUUAAUUUUCUUCAAAAACAUAGGCUGUGUGAUGAGUUAUGUUGCAUUUCCUCAAAGCAGUACAAUUUCCCAGAUUUGGGGUUCUAUUCAGUCUGUAUCGCUGAAGCGUUACAGAUUUCGCGGAUAGAAAUGUAAAGGUAAUUUCUGAGUGAGCCGACAUACGCAGCAUUUACCUAGAAUGCUGUCUCCGCCAACGUGGGAACAUUGCCUUUAAAUUUCAGUUUGGCAAUAGGAAUUGAAUAGAGCCCUUGGUUUCUGCUCGUAUGAGUUUGUCGUUGGGCUUUGAGAGGAUGUCGUCAUUUGUUGAGUUUGUGAAAUCCGCACUGGGCUGGGCCUAAUCAAAAACUAUUUUAUUUUCGUGCAUCAGAGGCGUGUUUGUGUAUAUGUGAAAAUGUGUGUACUUGUUUUUUUGUUCUUGACUAUUUUAAUGGGGUUUAACCUGUGGAAAAACAAAGGAAACUCAAAAAGAAAACGAGACCAAAUAAAAUGUAACAACCCUGA